CAUGUCUCGUUUGAUUUUCCACCAAACAAUAGCACGCUGGGAAACUUGAUCACAGAAUUUACGAGUUAAACCGGAUUGCCAGUUCUCUUCAGACGCCAGACUGAGUCUCUCUUCGUUGAGGUCAAUUCGAUCAGAUUGAACGACUUUUCAGCGGCAAGUCACUCGGAACUAACAUAUUUUGAGUAACGUAGACGAAGUCGACGAGCUAUGAAGUUAGCGAAGUCAAAUACAGCGUUCAUCUGGUUGGUAUUUUGUGCAGUUUCUCUACACAUGAACCUCGUUUCGUCCAAGAUCAGGAAACACUACAUCGCAGCAGUUGAAAGAAGGUGGAACUAUGCUCCGAGUGGCUACAACAACGUGAAAGGGUUGAAGCUUGACGAAGAUAGUGAUGCCGCCGUGUUCACCACAAGAGGUGCUCACACAAUAGGGAGCGUUUACAACAAGGUACUCUAUCGUGAAUACACAGAUGGUACCUACAACACGGAGAUGGACCACCCACAAUACCUCGGCUUUCUAGGGCCCAUAUUGAAGGGCGAGGAAGGAGACACGAUUGAGAUCCACUUCAAGAAUACUGCUAGUAGGAAGUUUUCGAUGCAUCCACACGGGGUCUUCUACAGGAAAGACUCUGAAGGUGCUUUAUACGAAGACAAGACCACUGGGAGCGACAAGAACGAUGAUCACGUGCCUCCUGGCGGAAGUCACAUAUACAGUUGGAAGCUAACGAAUGCUCACGCGCCAACAGACAGCGACGAUGACUGUCUCACGUGGAUCUAUCAUUCGCAUGUGUUGCCUCACAAGGACAUUAACACUGGGCUGCUAGGAAUCAUGUUGACUUGUAAGAAGGGAGCUUUAUCUGACGAUGGACCCAAAGGAGUAGACAAGGAGUUCGUUGGUCUUUUCACGGUGCUGGAUGAAAAUGAAAGUUGGCUUCUUCAGAAGAACAUCGACGAGUUUUGUAGUGAUCCUUUGGGAGUGAAAACAGAGGACGAAGAUUUUCAAGAGAGUAACAAGAUGCAUGCCAUUAACGGUUACUUCUACGGAAAUCUGCCCGGCCUGGAGAUUUGUCUGGGAGAUUCUGUCAAAUGGCACUUGGCUGGGAUUGGAAAUGAAGUGGACAUUCACACUGCUUACUUUCACGGACAGUCGUUCAUUAUCGAUGGUCAUCGCAAAGAUGUAGCUUCUCUUCUUCCAGCAACUUUCGUGACGGCAACUAUGAAGGCACUGAAUCCCGGAACGUGGAUGUUGAAUUGCCUCGUCAACGAUCAUUAUAACGCUGGUAUGUAUGCUUUGUACAACGUCACGAAGUGUGCUGGUAAGAGUGAUUACGUGCCAACGGUGCGUGGCGGGAAAACGAGGAGGUACUACAUCGCAGCAAACGAGGUACCGUGGAAUUAUGGGCCAACUGGGAUGAACAACAUGGAUGGCCAGAGUUUGACUAAGCCCGAUAGCGGCUCAGCUGUGUUCUUUGCUCAAGGUGUUGACAGAAUCGGUGGAACGUACACUAAGGCGUCCUAUGAGGAGUAUACCGACAGUACUUUUUCCGUGAAGAAGGAAAAACCGAAACAUCUCGGGUUUCUUGGGCCUGUGAUCCGGGCAGAAGUUGGUGAUGUGAUCGAGGUCGUGUUUAAGAACAAUGCAAAUCACAACUACAGUAUUCAGCCGCAUGGAGUUUUCUUCAACAAGUCAAAUGAGGGAGCCUUGUACCAAGAUAGAACAUCCGGGGCUCAAAAGGCGGACGAUAUUGUGCGACCAGGUCAGAAGUAUACUUACCGGUGGACUGUGCCCAAGGAAGUGGGUCCAAGUAUGAGUGACUCUCAGUGCAUCACGUGGUUGUACUAUUCCAGUGUGGAUCCAGUUAAAGACACUUAUUCUGGUCUUUUUGGUCCACUGCUGACUUGUAAAAACGGAUCAUUGAAGGACGACAACACACAAAAGAACAUCGACCAUGAAUUCGUGCUGCUGUUUACUGUAACCGACGAAAGCGCCUCUUGGUAUCAUGAGGAGAACAAGAAGAGAGCGAAUGAUCCUAGCAAAAUUAACGAUGAGGAUGAAGAUUACCUUGAAAGCAACCUGAUGCAUGGUAUCAAUGGAUAUCUAUACGCUAACCUUCCUGAUCUAGAAGUCUGUCUUGGGGACAAAGUGUCUUGGCACUUGAUCGGCCUCGGAAAUGAAGUAGACAUGCACACAGCUUACUUUUACGGAAAUACUUUUUCUGAAAACGGUCAGAUGAAGGAUACAGUCAGCCUCCUGCCAGGGGUGUUUUCUACACUACAAAUGACUCCUGAUAACCCAGGAGAAUGGGCGAUAGUUUGUAGGACCAACGACCACUAUUCAGCUGGCAUGCAGGCGAAAUAUAAGGUGAAACCUUGCGGUAAAGUGCCCACCACAAAGCCUCCUGGGACUGUUCGACGAUACUAUGUGGCAGCAGUUGAGGAGGAGUGGGACUACGCGCCCACUGGAAGAGACGUGUUGGAAGGAAAACCGCUGAAAGAUAGCGAAGAGGCUGCUACAUUCACUGUCAAUAGCGCCAAUCGAAUUGGUCGUAAGUACAAGAAAGUUUUAUACCGCGAAUACACCAGUGCCCAGUUUACCCGACAGAAAACGAGGACCGAGGCUGAGAAGCACCUCGGGGUACUGGGUCCCAUGUUACACGCCGAAGUUGGAGAUACAAUCGAGGUGACCUUUAAGAAUAUGGCCAGCAGGAAGUUCUCCAUGCAUCCACAUGGACUGUAUUACACGAAAAAAAACGAGGGUUCAAAUUAUGAUGAUGAGACAUCACCAGGUGACAAAAUCGACAACGCAAUUAAUCCCGGCAAAAUCUUCAUCUACAAAUGGCAAGUUCCUGAACGCGCGGGUCCUGGACCAAAUGGUCCAACCUGUGUCACAUGGGCUUAUUACUCUGACGUCGAUCCUAUAAAGGACACAAACAGUGGAUUGGUGGGACCGCUGGUCAUAUGCAAAAAGGACACGUUAACAGCAACAAAUUCCAGAAGCGAUGUAGAUCACGAGUUUGCGUUGUUGUUCACCGUCCUUGAUGAAAACGAGAGUUGGUAUUUGGACGAAAACAUUGACACAUAUUGCAAGAAUCCCGGAAACAAAGAUCAGCUCAAAGAUAACGAGGAUUUCCAGGAGAGUAACAAGAUGCACGGGGUGAAUGGUUUUGUGUUUGCCAACGCGGACGGUUUUAAGAUGUAUCAGAAUGAGAAAGUGGACUGGUACCUACUUGGUAUGGGUAACGAGGUCGACAUGCAUACAGUCCAUUUCCACGGUCAAACAUUUUUACGUAAACAUGUCGGCUAUCACCGCGAAGAUGUUUACGAUCUCUUCCCAGGAGUCUUUGCUACCGUGGAGAUGAUUCCUGAUAGUGUAGGGGUCUGGUUGCUUCAUUGUCACGUGAACGAUCACAUGGUCGGUGGAAUGCAAACGCUUUAUACUGUUUAUGACGAAUCAUUGAAACCAACAACUCCAAGCUCCAUUGAUCCAAGCGCUGGGGACCUGACUGCGGGAAGCAGUUUCCUCGUUUGUUUACUGUUGGCUGUGGUUGUCAUGAUGAUCUAAAACGAGAAGGACGACGUCGAAAAGCAAGCGGAUAGCCGCCCUAUGUGGAUCCGAGAGCAAGUAGUGAUAACCCUAGAUAGUAGAAAGUAACGAUUAAACAGAAUUAGAUGCGGUAUCACUUGCAGCCUCGAAACAGAGGUGCCUUAGACUGUAACAAGACUUUUUUGAGUUUUGAAAAAUGUGACCCUUUUUGAGCCGACAGCGGGAACUUUCGCUCAGAAAGAGGUAGCUAAAUGUGUCUAGUUUUAAAAACUAACACAAUUCUGCUCAGGCACGGUAAAACGAAGGUCCUUAAAAAAAAGGGGUGAGUUCUAAAUUCCAUUUCCUCACCCAGACUUUGCCCAUAUUAAACUUCUAGGCUUUUUUAUGUCGAUCCCAGCCCCAUUCUUUUGUUUUGUUUCCAAUUUCCAAUCCCAGUAGCCCAAAAGUCAUUCAUAGACAACUCCUGUGUUCCAUCUUGCCUUGUCAGGUCUCCCUAUUUCAAAAUAUGGCCUUUAAAAUAGUCUUUGUGUUGCAUGACUACCGUAUGGAAUUUAACAUAAAAGUCUCUGAAUUUAGUCCUCGUAGGUUGGCCAGUUUAUUGAUUUCCUGAGAAGGUCAGAAAAAAGCAAAAUAAGCUUUGUUACGAACGUCUUGAAGAGUCAGGAAUGAAAUUCAAAACUGGUUUUUAACUAGAAUUAAAAUUUUUAGCUCGUAAGCUUAAGGUAGAUGAGGUUCCUCUCAGUAUUUUUUCUAUUUUUUUUUUUUCAGUAAAAAAAGGAACUUGCUUAAAACUUGUUACUCCAUUAAAAAUAGAGAAACAAAUGCAUUGACAAGUAAUAAAAGAUAGAAGUAAUAAC